AUUUAUUAUGUUAUCUUAAUCAAGUUUAACUCCAACAACUUAAGCUAAGUUAGCUUUAGUAAUAUAAGCAAUAGCACAAAAUGAAUUAUUAAGUGAAAAAAAGAAACAAAGAUUGGCUUAAAUACAAAUGUUCAAUCCUGAAGUUGGUAUAUAAGUAUGUUAAUAUAAACAGCAUUUCUAAGAAUAGAUUAAAGAAGAAUUGGAUUGUUAGGUCAUUCUGAUAUCCUUGAAUUUUUGUAGGAUAAUAAGGUUUCACAUUCUUAGUUUGAAGCAGCUUACUUAUUUAAGAAAAUAGAUUGGGAUAGAGAUGGAAGAAUAAAAUUAGGAGAGUAAUAUAAUAAUCUAAUUAUAGUUUCAUUUAAUAUAUAAUUACUAAAAGAAAUUCUACUUUAAAAGAAAUAGUAAAAGCUAGAUAAACAUAUCCAAUAGAAGUUGGAAUGUUAUUGCCAACAGAAAUAGAAAUGGGUUUAGCAGAUGUAUUUGCAUAAGAGAUUGAGAACUAUAGAGUGAUAAAUGCAGCAAGAUAGUCUUUGGUGAAUUCGUUAGACUUUUCUACAUUAGAAGCUUUUAAGACAUUAGAUUUAUUUAAUUAAGGUUAUUUAACAAAGGAGACACUAUCAUUAUUUAUGUAAAGAUAAAGUGCUCCUUUAUUAAAUGAUGAGGUGAUAUCAUUUUUUGAUGCAGUAGAUCUAGAUUAAGAUGGGAAAAUAUCAUAUAGUGAGUUGGUAGAAGCAGUACAUUUAAUGGAGCCAUUACCUUAUAGAACAAAUGUUAUAAGAGAUAAUGAAUUUGCAAAAGCUGUUGAAAACAAUAGAUCUUUAGAAAGACUAUAAUUGUCUUAAUAUCCUUAUUAUUUUUAUCCUUAUUAUCCAUAUUAUUAUCCUUACUAUUAUCCAAAUUUAAGAUUAGAAAAUGUUAGACAAAGAGAAGACUCACUUGAGAGAUUAAGAAAAUCAAAACUCUAAUAAAUUUAGAGUGAAACUAGAAUAAUUUAAUUAGAAAACUAAAAAAGAUUGAGUUAAGAGAGAUAAAGAAGUGCAGAGAGAGUUAGAUAAAUAUAGGAAGAAAGUUUAUUAAGAUAAGCACAAAUAGAAGAAUAAAAUAGACUUAGAGAAUUAGAUAGAUUGAGAGAUGAAGAUUUAAGAAGAAGUAGAGAAAGAAUAAGAUUAGUUGAAAAUGAAGCAAUAUUAAGAAAACUUGAAAUAGAAGAGAGAGCUAGAGAAAUUGAAAGAGAAAAUAGAUUAAUAGCAUUAGAAAGAGAAUAAAGAAUUAGAUAAGCAGAAUUAGAAAGAGACAUAGUAGAGAGUUAAGUUAAUUUAAGAAACUUAGAAAGAAACAACAGUUUAGAAAGAUUAAGAUAAUUAGAAGCGAUUAGAUAAAGAGAGAUUGACUAAUUAUAAACUAGCAAUACUUUAGCAUAUUCUCCAUAUUAUUCAACAUACAUAUCUCAUGUACCUUAAUAUGAAAGAGCUUUAUAAAAAUAUCCAUUUUCAUUAAUAGAUUCUAUUAAUGCAUUUAAGUAAAGAUUAAUAAUAUAUGUUAGCACAAUAAAAAGAUAUUCCCCAACAAAAACUAAUUCUCUUGUUUAAUCAACUAUUUAUGAAAGUCCAAGCAAAAUAAAGAAAUAAGAAUUUAAAUAAAAAUGA